GGACAAUAACAAUGAUCAAAGAUCAACGAAUGGUUGUUAGAAUCAAGAUUCAUAGGAGACAUGGCAAGAUCGCUCAAGAAAUCAGUUAAGUUGAGCCUAAGACAUGUCCGGGUCCGUUUGAAACAAGACUCUAGUUCCAUAGAAAGAGAUCAGAGAAUUGAGUUUCUUGGACGAGACAAGGGGGUUGGAGAAGAGGAAAACGAUGGUGACAGUAGCAGCAGCGAGUAUGAAGAGUUUGAAGAAGAGGAAGAAGGAGGAGGAGAAGGGGAAGGAGAGGAACAAGAUGAUGGCAAGAGCGUUGUGAGCGGUGGAAAAAGUGGAUGCGGGGAGACAGAAGCCGCGGUGGAAGCAGCAGAGGCGGAGAUUACAGAGGCCGGGAAUAGGGUGAUGGUGGUGGUGGAUAAAGUGAUUGCAUCAACUGGAGCUCUUGAAUGGGCUUUGAAGCAUACAUUACAGUCACAAGACUAUCUUUUUCUCUUAUAUUUCUCCAAACCCUUUAGAAAAGGCAAAAGGAAGAACCGGAAAAGUGAAGUAAAGACCGAUGAACUCGUCCAUACUCUAAAGAAACUCUGCCAAACAAAGCGACCCGGGAUAGAGGUUGAGAUAAGAAGGCUAGAAGGAAAAGAGAAAGAUAAAGGAGAGAAGAUAGUGGAAGAAGCUAAAGAACAACAAGUGAGUCUAUUAGUGGUUGGAGAAGAGAAGAAACCGCCGGUUUGGAGAUUGUUGAAGAGAUGGGGAUGGAAGAAACGGCGAGGCCGAGCCGGAGUUCUCAAGUAUUGCCUAGAGAAGGCUUCAUGUAUGACCAUUGCAGUUAAACCAAAGAACCGUAAGCUUGGUGGUUACCUGAUCACAACCAAACGUCACAAGAACUUUUGGUUGUUAGCUUGAAUUGAUUUGAUUAAAGCCAUUUUAGGUGUGUUUUUUUUGUCUUUUCAUAUUGUUUUGACUCUGUUCGUAGAGAUUGAUUUUAGUAUAGUUUCGUUCUUGUUUGAUUAA